AUGCCCAAAGCCCCCGUCCAAGGAAAGGGCUCCCUCAAGGACCUAGCCAAACGGCAGGUGUUCAAGCCGGUACUUUUCGAUGCUUAUACUCAAUCAAACACCUGGCCCGAGGUUAAACCGGAAUCUAUACAGACUUUGCUCGAUCUUCUUGAAGUGCUUCUAAGUCCUAUUGGAUCAUACAAUCAAAUCAAGGCCGAGUCCAAGGACAAACCGGGUUCGCUUCCAGAUGCUCCCGAAGUGCUUGAUCUGGUGACAUUGGGGUUUAACUCCACCGUCAAGGCUCUUGAACGCCAGGUGGGGAAACCGCUGAAAGUGUUGGUGGUGUUUGUGUGUAAGGCCGAUAUCUCGCCCACCGUGCUUACAGACUUCUUCCCUACGCUUGCGUGUACUCUGUCAUACGGAGGAGAACCGGUUCGGCUCAUUGCUCUCCCUCGAGGAAGCAUGGCCAAACUUUCACAGAUCGUCGGCAAGCCUCACACCGGUAUCAUCGGGGUCAGAGCUGGUCUCAAGGGAGGCGAGUCCUUAUUUCUGAUAGCAAAUACGGUGGCGCCGGUGACGCUACCCUGGCUAGACGAAAACAAGAUGGCGGCGUACAUGAAGCCUAACGUCAAGGUGCUCGCGACGCUGGCCCCGGUCAAACCCCCAAAGACUAAGCAACAAAAGAAGAAGUGA